AUGUCACGUGGUCUACCGUGUUAUUUAAAAUCCAUCAAGUUGACAACGGGAGUGUUGAUCCUGUUAGAAAAUCCCGAAUCUGCCAUCAGGAUACAGUUUUGGGCCAGUGCUUUCACCUCGUCUUGCAAUCCGACUCAUUUUGCAGUUCUCAAGAUUUCGGUAAGUGAAUUUUAAAUGAAAGACAACUGAAUAAUUACUUUUAAUUAGAUCACGUAAAGCACUUACGCUUUCUGCACUGAGAAAUGCUUUAGGACGUGCAGCAAAUGGGUUCAUUUAUAUUUCGUCUAUGUCGCAUUGAGUAGGGCAGUCUGUCACUCCAGUCGAAUGCGCAGUCUUUGCGCCAAAUCAGGGAAGUUUUCGAUGAGUGACAGACAAAAUCAUUGGUUAAAUCUGUUGGAUUUAGUCAUCUGUAUCGCUGCCGUGUUCAAACUAUCAGUUAGCAUCAAAAUUAGUUUAGCACGGUUAAAAAUUUUGGUUAAAACCCAAGAAAUAAUCGCCUUAACAAUUGAAAUACCUUAACGUGACAUGAAGGCAAGUUAUCAUCGUCCCGUGCCGUAUUCCAUCGCCAAAACAUAACAUCAUUACGUGUGUUUGGAGCACAUCAAUCACAUGCAAACACUGGCUACGCGGAAUUUUUGUUAUGAAUUUACGUUGUUCGUUGAAGUAAUGUGUCUAGGAUUGACUGAUCCUCCCGGAAAAAAACCGUAGAGAAUAUCUUAGCAGAACGUCAGACCUUCCAAAAGUAAUUCAUACUUCGAUAAGAUUUGAACCUGAGGCGUUUCAAUUCUCCUUUAAGAUAUCAGCUGGGUACAAAUUAAAGAAAGUUCAUUUGACUGUGAGGACCACGAGUCAUCUAUAGGUCAACGAUGAUGUAUUCCGCACAAUGUUCUUGAGAAGGAAACGGCAAAAAAAAAAAGGGUAUGAAGCCAAUUUUUACAGAUUUGUUGACAACGACUUAACUCUAAUUGUUCAAAUUCAAGUUUCCUCAAAAAUAAUUGUUCAUAAUUUGGAAAUUGACGAAGGAAAUCAACUAUUUGCGUAAUCAAGAAGUAUCCGGUUUAUAGAAAAUGCUAAUCUGUGCAAGGAAUUCACUCAAAGUCAUGUCAGCGUGAUGUAAAGUUAUUUAGGUCAGAGUUAAUAGAGGUUACUGCUUAGGAAAGCUGACAACAAUUUAAGAUGAAAACAGCUGUGCAGCAAGUUUAUUUUGGCGCCCGCUGACUGUACAAAUCCUUUUCAUUUUAUGAUAACGCUUUGUGACUGAAUCAAUUAAAUAAGAGUUUUAAGCAGCCAAUCGGUUCAAAAUGAUUGGAAUGCGUUAAAAAGCGUAAAACAAUCUUAAAACAAAGAAAUUUGUCGGGUUGCCCAACCAGUUACCUCCAUAUUUGACUAUGUUACAGGCCACCAAAGACAUUUUUUGUUUCCACAAUAUCUACUAUGUUUGACAGUUUCUACCUUAUUAACUGUACUGAGAGCAUGCCAACUGCGCAUUUUCUCACAUUCCAAUCAAACGCGAUUACUUGAUGGUUAGGACAUUGAGCAUUGUUGCCAUUUCAGUUUCCUUUCUACCUUUUUAUAGAUUUAUACCAUGACGCUUAAUUUUGUUGGAGAGAUGCAAGUGCUUCUACGGCAGUGGAAGGUCACUUCUAUAAACGGUACGUGUAAGAAUAACUUGUAUUUGUUCGAGGAAUAUCAAACGAAACGUGAUCUUGUGUGGCCGUAAAUCCAAGUAACAUCGGCAAGUGCACUGUAUCAAGGUAACCGUAUAAAUCAGUGGUCUGGUACACCAAAGAAACCCGUAAAACACCACUUGAAGUAAAAAUAGGCAGUUCCAAAGAUUGGUUCCAGCUAAAAAAAAAACAUAUUCAAGUUCGACCCUUUAAAACCUAAGAGGGAUUGGCUCCUAAUUUCUUCUUACAGAAUCCCCCUUGAAUCAAAUGUAAAGGUCAUGAGAAUGAAGGAAAUCACUGCCCACCUAAGAGGCUUUGAUUGUUUAACAAAUUCUCCUUGCUAGCACCAAAGGAAAUGUAUGGAGAAGAGUAUUACGAAUAUGGACACUGGCCUUGGAGUAUAAAGGGUUAAUGAUCCAAGUAUUUUGGUAGUGACGUAUGCAUUAUUCUGUCUCACAGGAUUAGGUGGAUCAUUGAUAGCAGUGUUUUCCCUUGCUGUACUGUAUGAGUUCAUGUCGUCAUAUCACAGGUACCUCGGCCUACCUAAUGAAAGAGGAUAUUCCACGAAAGAGUUCAAAGGAAACAAGAGGUUGGUGAAAUGCAUAGUAAUUCGAAAAUACAUAGAUAUCUGUCAUGACUCGGUCAGUUUUUGUGAAAAAACAUGGUCAGGGUUCGAAAUUGGAGCCUUUUUCCAUCAAUUCUACGAAAAGAAUGCUUUGAGCCAGCAUCAAAGUUAAAAACAAUAAAUAAUUUGCUUAUCGCUGUAGGAGUUGACAUGAACUUACAAGUGUUCUUUCGUCUGACCUCUUCCACAAUGAAAUAUUCGGAAAUAGUGGGGAACACUAAGAUCAUGGUAUUUAUGAGAAUAUUUAUUCCACACCUUAGCGAGAUUCUCUUCUGGUAUAUGUAAUUCUAGGCUAGGAUUCUACCGUUUUCUUAAACCCAGUCUUCCAGGAAACUUCGAGGUUGUGGUUUGGUGUGGUGUAGAGGGUGGAACGCGGGCUUAUCCCGACCAGCGGCCUCUGAUCGAGCCCCUUUCAACCCAAUAAACUUCAUUUGUUCUUCCAGGAUACUUGAUCACCUCCUGAGGACAAGUUCUUAUCUUCUGUCAGCCGUGACAGGUUACCUGUUGAUGCUUGUGGUGAACACUUUCAAUGUUUGGCUCUUUAUGUCUGUUGUGGUUGGGUUAGGCUUUGGUUUCUUUCUAUCGAAUCCGUUGUACAUAACGUAUCGCAAUUUGGAGGUACAACGAAGAACACAUGAUCAGAGAAACAACAAUGGCGUUAUAAGGCGAUCAAGAUGCGACAAGCAGAAGGAAAAAUCGCCAACUUGAUCUGAGUUACUGAAUGUGAUCUUGUCGCCUUGCGAACGUUUCGGAUCGACAGGAAAAAAGAAACUUUGUGCCAGAAUCCAGAUGGACUACGAGCAGCAUUCCGUCCUUUAAAGCGAAGUCCGUCGCGCUAGUCCAAAAAUAUCAACAAAAAGACAAAUGGUGCAGGGUAGUGCGCCACGUGGGACUCUGGAACACGGACUUUUUUUGAACUCGCGCGACGGACUUCACUGAAAAGGAAGGACUGCUCGUAGUCUUGAAUCCAGAAGUGGAAGAAGGACACUAUAACACACGAAUCUGUUACACUGCGGCCAGCAGCUCACGCCACGUUAACCCCCUUUUCUUUUCAAGGUUUGAUUAGAAAUUCUAUCGCCAAGUUGUUAUAUAGCUUCUUAUAUCUUAGUUAGGAGUCUUUGAUGCAAUAUCAAAAUAGUGCCCAUUGACGGAUGCAUUUGUCUUUUCUCGUUACUUGUGUGAUAAUUCAUACAUACAUACAUACAUACAGCAAGGAGGAGUUAACUGUUACAUACCUCUUUGUGAUAUGAAAAAGUACACUGAACUCAAAAGAAACCAAACAUUACAAGAAACAAAUUAAAGUGUUUUUAAAGAUGUAUGCCAAGAAGGAACAGGAAUAGUUGGGGAUGAAGAAAAUUAAAAACGAUUACAAUUGACAAACUCGGCUUAAAAAUUUGGGACAAAUUUUCCAAGACGAGCCCCGAUUGUGAUCAUGGGGUUGUCUGUAAAGAACGUCCACGAUUUUUACUAAUUCGUGGAAGACAUUCUCUAUUAACUGUUAUUUUAUUAAGGAAAAGAAAUUAAAGCAAUGACCUAUCUUACAAUUCGAUUUUAUGAUUCAACAUGUAUAAGAUAAUAUUAAAAAGAAAAGAAACAAGCACGUUAUUUUAUCUCAACC